AUGUGCUCGACGCGACUGACGUUCGAAGACAUUCACGGUGAGGUCAAAGAAGGUCCGUACAAUGGCUUCGAAAUCUUGAAUUUCAGAGGCCGGCAAAAGCUACAGGAUCAAUCUGACGUAUUCAACAUUCUCCACGACUCUCCACAUCUCAGCUCUGAGCUUGACGAGCUCACUUUCAAGUACCAUGAGAACGGCCCUUUGGGGCGCAACUUACAGUGGAGAGCAGAUCUCCUCGGGAUCAAGCGCGGAUUCUGCAACGAUGUCCAGUCAGACUUGCCGUGGCAGCUUGAUGAAGGUAUCCGCAGCAACUUCUCCAAAAUCGAAGUCACAAAAGGUUCGCUGGCACCAGAAAUAGGCCAGCAAAUGUUGUCUCGGCACCCUUUCUACAGCAAUGCAGUUCUUGUGCGAGACUACUUCCGAUGCUUUCCACGAGAUGAUGGUUUUCUUCUCACAACGUCGCCUACCGUAGGCCUUAACUACCUGGACCGAUAUUUCGCGAGAUAUGUAGAGGUGCCGUCCCAUGCUGAAACCGUGCACCAAGAUCACUCUGCUCUGGAAAACAUUCGGCGAGGAUGGGAGCUUGAUGGAACAGCCUCGUGGGAAAUCAAGUUGGUGCAUUGGCUUAUGGUGUUACUGGUCAACGAAUUGGAGGUCGCACCCCAUAACCAUCGUUUAUGGAAGAAUGUCCCCGAUAUACAAAACGCAUAUCUUCCCAUCGUGCGAGAUCUGAAACAUCGUCGAGCUUCUCGGUUCAGACGGCACGAAUCCGUGAACCUGGUCCGUGAAUAUGUUUCUUGCAUGGACGAGAUCUCUCAAAUUAAUGAGAUCUCAAUGCAGAAAAUCGAAUUCCUCGGGAAGCUUCGAGAACACUGCAAGUCUCUUAAAUUGGCACGACUCCACCACAUUUUAGGAUCCAUCAAUGAAAAAAGUCUUCUGGUUCAGCGGGUCGAUGAGGCUGUAAAACAGAUAGAGAAAGACAACGAGAAUCUCCCUCGACUUAUCAACGACUUGAAAACCUCAUUAGACGUACUUUUUCAACUACGGACAAUCGAACAGAAUGAACUUGCUAUCAUCGCAGAGUCGAACAACAAAGCCAUCCUCGUCUUUACCGUCGUGAUUUUCAUCUUUUUACCUCUAUCUUUCUUCACAUCGUACUUCGGGAUGAAUCUUCAAGGGAUCGCCAAUACGGAUAAGACGCAAGGCUACUUCUGGGCCGUUUGUGGGAGUGUUACCCUCUUCGUCGUGAGCUUCACAGUUGUCUGA